CGGGGGGGGGGCCGAGAGAAACAUAAAGCCGCGGAAACGUGCAGAUUUAAGAUGUUGAUGACGGGGGGAGCCGCGUGGGUCGAAGGACGUGGGCAGGAGUGUCAAACACUGGACCCGCUUGAUCUGUUUGUGGCCUACAUAUGAUGAUCUGAGGUUCUUCCAGUCCUGUGUUCAUAUGAUUUUGUAGAAAGCUACUGCUUAAAACCCAAGUGUAUUUCUAGUCUUUGUCCCUGCAAAGAAAUUGCUCCAAAUGCAAAGUCAUAUACUGAGAAGCGCAAAAUGUCCAUGGAUAUCACUUUUCUGGGAACAGGUUCGGCGUAUCCAUCUCCAACAAGAGGAGCCUCCGCUACAGUCAUUCGUAAUGAAGGAGAAUGUUGGCUUUUUGACUGCGGAGAAGGAACUCAAACACAGUUUAUGAAAAGCCAUCUAAAAGCAGGUAGAAUUACAAAGAUUUUCAUAACCCACCUUCAUGGCGACCAUUUUUUUGGGCUUCCUGGUUUGUUGUGCACAGUUAGUCUCCAAAGUAGUUCUUGCCCAAGCAAGCAGCAUGUUGAUAUUUAUGGGCCUGUAGGACUGAGAGACUUCAUUUGGAGAACUAUGGAGCUCUCCCACUCGGAGCUCCUGUUUUCAUAUGUUGUUCAUGAACUAGUACCUACACCAGACCAAUGCCCUCCAGAAGAGUUUAAAGAAUUACCCUGGCUAAACAGAGAUGGAGGAUCUUCUAAAGAAGUGCAAGGGAGAACAAUUUAUCUGGAUCCUGUAGAAAACUCCUAUACAUUGGUCAAUGAUGAACAGUUUGUUAUGAAAGCCUUCCGUUUAUUUCACCGCAUUCCUUCCUUUGGAUUUCUCGUAGAGGAAAAACAGCGAAUUGGUAAACUCAACGUACAGAAGUUAAGAGACCUUGGAGUUCAGCCAGGUCCUGUAUAUGGGAAGCUGAAAAAUGGUAUUACAGUCGUCCUAGAAAAUGGAAUAACUAUUUCUCCUUCAGAUGUCUUGGAAGAUCCUAUUCCUGGAAGGAAAAUAUGUAUUUUAGGUGACUGUUCAGGUGUUGUUGGAGAUGAAGCAGUGAAACUUUGCUCUGAAGCAGAUCUAUUGGUUCAUGAAGCCACAUUGGAUGACAGUCAAGUGGACAAAGCCAUUGAGUAUGGUCACAGCACUCCAAGAAUGGCAGCUGAGUUUGCAAAGCUAUGUAAAGUGAAGAAUCUGGUUCUGACUCACUUCAGUCAGAGAUAUAAACCGGCUGCUCUGGUGGGAGAAGGAGACACUGAUGUCACAGAACUAAAGAGACAAGCAGAAGCAGUACUAGCUGGCCAAGAAGUAACUUUAGCGGAGGAUUUUAUGACAAUAGACAUUCCAAUGAAAAAACAAAAAUAGCACAAUCUAGCUCUGCAGCAAGGCAGCAGUGAGUCAGGUGUGGCACUAACUGAAUUUACAGUAGGAUAUCAGGUCUCCAGAUUGGUUCCUAGGGCUCCUCUGUUGAACUGCUCAGCCUGUAGAGAAGCACUGGAUUAUUGCUGUAGAGCUGCUAUUUUAGAGCCUAAUCCUGCAAGAUGGUGAAUGCCCUUAUUUCCCAUCAAUUUCCAUGGUAGUUUGGGAAAUGAACCUUUGCAGAAUAGUAUUACUAUUGACAAGUAUCUACAUAGUCCAGUUCUCACUAGAAGGCUGAUGAAGAGGCAGAUCGCUAGUCAAACUUGCUGCCUUCAGUUAAAUAAUUUUGCAGUCGCAUUCAUUUUUGUACAAGGCCUAAGCAAAGAAAAUAAACCUGUUCUUCAGUUAUAUAGCCCGUUAAAAAUGUAGAAACUUACAGAGUUGGGAAGAAAGUGUACGAGUAUGUUGGCAGGCAUUUAGUGAAACAAUCUAGAAAAUGUAGAUUAUAAAUACAGGCAAGAGCCCUUCCGAACACUUCCUUGGAACUUCAGAUAUUUUUGGCUUAAGUCUUAAAGGGGACCCUAAAGGGUCUUUUUGUCUUGUGUUUACAAUCUUUCAUGGAUUUUUAAAGGCACAUCAAGAUUUCUAAAAAAGAGAAGAGAUUUUAAUGGCAGCCUGUUGGGAUUCUUUUGUAUCAAAUCUUGUGAAAACUUGUUUAAAUUAUUUUAUCUAAAGGGAAUAUUGUGCUGAACUUAAAUAAAAUAUUGAUAACUGUA